UCUACUUUCAUGAUAUCGCGUAACCAUUGGCACUAGCUAUAGAAUUUGGCCGAUGGCGGCUGUCAACUGGUGGGUCUCUGCUUUUCGAACAGGGGUUCCUAGUCAAAUAUCAGAAUAUUCAACGAUCCCUUCUCUUGGAAACUUUAUUGGAUUAGUAAUAUUUAUUGGAGUAACUCUUAUUUGCACGUUAACGAGUAAAGAAAUAAUGGGCGAACAACCAAUUUUCUCGUGCAAGGCGCACGUAUUUCAUAUCGAUCCUAAAACUAAACGUUCAUGGGUAUCUGCCUCGACAGCUGCAGUUUCUGUCUCUUUUUUUUAUGAUUCGACUAGAAGCCUUUAUAGAAUAAUAUCUGUAGAAGGAUCUAAGGCAGUAAUAAACAGCACUAUUACACCAAACAUGACAUUUACAAAAACCUCACAAAAAUUUGGUCAAUGGUCUGAUGUCAGGGCUAAUACUGUAUAUGGUUUAGGAUUCUCCUCUGAAGCAGAGUUAGGCAAGUUUAUUGAAAAAUUUCAUGAAGUGAAAGAAGCGACUAAAUUAGCGAAUGCUAAGCUACAAUCAAACAGCUCGUCGGUCACGCCAGCCACUAGUGCAAAUGUUAGUCCAAUUACAUCGAGAUCAGGGAUGCCUUCUUCGGAGCAGGAUCUUAUAGAUCCACCAAAUUCUUCGAUGAUCAACUCUAAUGUGUCGGCAUCGAAUAAUCCUAAUCCAAAUGCAAACAUGAUCUCUGCUCAAAACAGUGUAUCUUUGGUAAGCAGCAGUCCCUUACCUGGCAGUUGUCAAAAUAAAACGGACGAUGAAUUGAAAAAUGCAGUCCAUUCAAGAUCACAAAGUGUUUCUCAGCAGAAUACAGAAAGCCCACAGCACCAAGGGAAAUCAAUCCAACUUGGUUCGACGCAAGCAGGACAGUCGGCAGAGAUGCAGCUGAAAUAUGAAAAUGACAGGUUGAAGCUUGCUUUAGCUCAAAGUUCUGCUAAUGCCAAAAAAUGGGAGGUUGAAUUGGCUACUCUUAAAACAAACAACGCUAGAUUAACAAGCGCGCUCCAAGAAUCAACAGCUAAUGUGGAUGAGUGGAAGAGACAAUUACAGUUAUAUAAAGAAGAAAAUGCCAGGGUAAAAACAAAAUAUGCAGAGUUGGAAGCUGGAAAAAUAGCAGAAGGGAAUAGUGAAGCAUUGAGGCUAAGAGUGGAGGCACUGGAAAGUGAAUUAAGAAGUCGAAAUGAUGAAGUAAAGGCUCUUACUAUGGCUGCAAAAAACAAAGAUUUUGUGGCUCUUCAAAAAGAGAAUACCGAAUUGCGUGAUAUGUUAAACGUUGUCCAAGAACAAUUAGAACUUGCUUUAUGUGCGAAUAAAGUUCAGAAACAAAACUUGGAAACUUUGAAUGCCAGAUUAGCUGGAUUUAUACAAGACUUGGUAACCGUGCAUCGAGAAAUUACGAAUACCUUGCAAACUUAAGUUUGUUUGUAGAAUACCUAAGAGCACUGUUCUUAGGACUUUUGUAUCUACGGUAUAAGAGAAAUGUGCGAAUGAAUGACAUAAAAAUGAUACAAAGGGUGAAGUUCCAAAGGGGAGAAUAUGCGGUGAAUAAGAUUUUUUUUUAACAUUAGGACAAGAUGAAAGACAUUGUCUCGAAUUAUAAACGGUUUGACAACAAGCGAAUGGCUUGCUUUUUAGAUAUUUAUUUCGAGCUUAGUUAGCGAAAAGCAUCAUCUUUUUGAUGUUACUUAUUAUUGUUGUUACUGCUCUAUGACUAUUCUAAUUGUACAUAAAAACAUUUCUUCUAACUCUUCUUACUAAUCAUAUUUACAUGUAUGCAUACAUACUGUGUAUGCAUACUUGAAUGUUUUCUUCUUUUUUAUAUAUAUACAUAAAUAUUUGUUUGUUUUUAAACGAGCAUAAACUGAAGAUGCUUGAAUUUGAUAAAGAUAUUAUACUUGAUGUUUCUCUCGAAUAUUAUUUAGUGUAUCUUAACGGGAUAUGCCAUUUUGUUAUUUAUUAUUCAACUGUGUCGUUAAAUUAAACUAAAAACGUUUCUCUAAAUCCCACCCCUUUUUUCCAUAAAGUGGUGUAUGUAAUGAUCUGUGCUUUAAACUAAUUGUUACUAACACGACAUCACCACGUGAAUCACUCGAAUUCUAUCAUACUAUUACAUUUCAACAACACCUCCCAACUAUCAGCAUCCAAUUGAUUAAUGACGAGCAUUAUUACAAACACUAGAUUGUUACUAUUGCUAUGAUCACUGUCAUUACCAUUGUUACAACUACCUUCCAAAUACUAAUAUCUCCUAUUGCUGUUACUAAUACUGCUAUAAUUACUACUGCUUCUAUUAUUAUUACUAUUAAUAUUGGUAAUAUUGCAUUACUUACUUGGAGAUAAUAUUUACUAUAUUUAAAAAUAUAAAACAUAUCAAGAAUGUUAUCGACUGACAUGUUACGUGUUGUGCAUUGUCUCUUUUUGGAACUUGUGCCCUUUGAAACAGUAACAAAAAAAAAAAUACAGUUACCCAUGGACACGACUUAUGAAACAUGCACAAUUAACAUUAGUACUAUUUAGUCAUGAUCCAUUAUGUAGCAUAGCUAUUUAAUUCUAUUAUAAAUUAUAUCCAUAUUGUUCUAUUGUAUAGAAAUUUGCUUUAAAACAUUCGCGAGUGAAUCUCAAGUGCUCAGGAAUCUCAUUGAUUCAAGAGAUACGCGAUGCCAUUUAUAA